AUGACGUUAAAACUAAGGUUACUAGUAGGUACUGUAGCUGUUAUUAUAUCUGUUGUGUACUCUGGAAGGCAUAAUGUUGAAGAGAAAGAGCCUUUGGCUAGUCUACAUACUGAAAGAUGUAAGUUAUGAAGGGAAGAGUACGGUAGGGCAGGGUAAGAUAGAGUACGGUAGUGUUGAGUAGGGCGGAUUAGAGUAUAUUAGGGUAGGGUAGUGUAGAGCAGAGCAGAAAAGAAUAGAGUAAAGCCUCAAAAUUCAAAAUUUUAAAAUUCCAGCCAUCAGACGUAUCGAAAAGAUUGGCAACGCCCUAGUGACCGAACUAACCCUGGAAGAGUUCUUUGACAAACAUUACCCAUCACCUCAAGUCGAUGUUGAGACAUUGGUCAUUCCAGUUCAUGGAAUUUACGAUAUCAAUCUGCCUCCAGAAGCCUUCUACGCUAGAUGUUUGGAAAACGUAAGAAAGGCGUGGCCUCACGUCAAGCUGAUCCAUCUUCAAGGUGGUGAAUAUAUCUACUAUCCGGAUAACUCGGUAUGUAUUAUGUCAAUGAUAAUUAGGGUUAGCAGGUAUUUUUAGCUUAAAAAAGGUCAUAAUUUUUUGGACGGGAUAUUUGUUUUUAGGCGGGGUAAAGAAAGUUUUUUUUGGGAAGGGGGGGGGGGCGGGGUCAGGGUAAAUAUGGUAAAUAUUCAGAAAUUUUUUUUUCUUGUGAACAAAACAAAUUUUAAUACAAAAAAUUUUGGGCAGGGUAAAAAUUCUUUGGGCGGGGUAAAAAAUUUGUUUAAGGGGGGGGGGCGUAAACAUAAAAAAGAAAGUUUUUCUUGUGAAUAAACUAAAUUUUCUUAAAAAAACUUGGGUUAGGUAAAAAUUUUUGGGCGGUGUAAAAAACUUUUGGGGGUGGAUAAAUUUAAAAAUUUUAAAGAUGCAAUAUUUCGGCUUUGGGAUUAAACAGUAUAUAUAUUGUAAACAAGUCAUAAAAAUGUAUUUAUAUAUUUACAUAUUUUUAAGGACUCACCAGACGUGCUAGUGCCAGAAGCCAAGCAUUUGAAACGUCUAUUUGCCGCCAUUAUCUCACCUUUGAAGAAGUCGUCGAUUCGUGUCGGUCAAUGCGAUUUCCUCGACCAUUUGAUCUUCGAAAAGGAUGUAAGUACUAAUUUUAAAAUUCAGACCAAAUUCUUUUUGUUUACUUUUAAAUACGUAUUUUACUAUUCUUACUUUUUUUUCGAGCAAAAAGCUUUGAACAACUUCAUUUUAGCCGUGGUUUCUUGAAAAAAAGGCAAAAAUAUGAUGGAAAAGAGUGUUUUAUGCCAUUUUUAAAUAGAGAUUAAACUAAAAAUAGCUUUUUAUGUCUAUAAUAUUGUUUUUCAAACAUUUAUUUAUUGAAAAGUCAAAAAAGAAAUUGUUAAAAAGCCAAAAAAAGGGAUUAGCAGCGAGUGGUUUCGAUCCACCGACCUCUGGGUUAUGGGCCCAGCACGCUUCCACUGCGCCACGCUGCUACAGCCGUUUUCUCGUUUCUUUUCUGUUCUCAUGGGUUUUUGCUGUAUAAAUGGGGACGGUUGAGCUUAAAAAUAGUUUUAAAAUGUUAAAAAAGGUUUUUUAAAUAAAAUUUUCAGAAAAAUAUUAUUUUAUGCCUUUGGAGUUUAGUAUCAUAUUAUUCUUAGCUUAUUUUUAGACCUUUAGACACGUUUUUGAAGGCUUCAAAGCUAUUUCGAACAGUUUUUCAUAGAUAACAUAACGUUUUUGAUCUCUAAAACUUUAUAUCAUGCAUUUUUUAUUUAAAAUAUAAUUAAAACAAGUAAUAAUACGCCCGCUUUUCAGAUCUAUAUGUCCGAAGUUCUGAGCGAGCUCUUAGCCACCAAAGUUUUCGAAAAAGACCUGAUCAAGGCUGAUGUUGAUGUAGCCAUCUAUGUUCAUGGUGUCAAAUGCGUCGUAACGUUUGACUUUAACACGAUGGAGCUAUUCCGAUUGAAUGAGAAUGUUCAGAAACUCAUGCCAUCACUUGGAGCUCCAACUUCAACUCGAUGGAACUUUGGUCAUCGUCGAUUCGACGCCAACCUACCUCAACGAUGUAUCAAGGCAUCUCGUGGUAACUCGUCAUCGUUGUGUGUUCCGAAUACUGAUCGUCGAGUUGAUGUACAAAGUCAGGCUGAGGGAAAUCAUUAUCUUUGCUGUGAUUUUUGGGCUUAG